GUACGUUACUCGGAUAGAAGCCGGUCAAAACAGGAGCAGCAGUUUUGUAAAAUUUCUCCCACAGGAGUCUGAAAAUCUGCCGGGGCGCGUGUGUGCGUGUGCGUGUUAGUGCGGCGUGCGUGUGUAUUUUCUCAAUGGAAUCAUCGCGCGCGAAUCUGUGGAAAAUCCCUGGAAGGCUUUUCUACUCGUAAGACUCGACCCAAGUGUCGCGAACUGCAAUUUUUAAAUUCUAAUUAGGGAUUCUUGGAUGACGGUUGCUUCUUUUUCGUAGCAAAGACGCGCGCGUUCCCUUAGCCAUCUGCACUGUGUGUGGUUAUUUACAGCUACAUAUACUCAAUGUUUAUUCGUGUUGUUAGCUGAAAGUGCUUGAUUCGUGUUCUCGCUACCAAGAACUGCAAAAAUUUUUCUAAAAUGGACAAAAAGGCAAUAUUGCUGAUGUUGCAAUCCGACGCCGAACGGAUCAGCAAAGAAGCCUCUGACAUUUCGAGGAGUGUGGAGAAAAUGAAGGAGGACACCAUAAAUUACAUAGAGGCACUUCUAACACAAGUUAGAACAGGAGCGGGUCCACUGUUGGCAAAAACUCCCAAGAUGACUAGAAAGAGAGCUGCAACUAAAAUCAAAUCCAUUCCAGAGGAUGAUGUGGGUGAAGCAGAUGAAAUUAGUGAUUCAAGUUCUUCACAACGGAGCCUUAGAUCUUCUCGCGCUAAUUCAGAAAAUUUGGAAACAUCUGAUGCAAAGCCUGCAAGAAUGAAAAGAGGUGCCUCAGUAAGGGCAGCGAAUAGUAUAAGAAAACAACAAGCCGAAGGUUUAAAUACUAAAUUAAGAAGACCAUCUGCAAAUGAUUCUGAUGUUCCUUUAGCAGUUAGGAUUAAAUCUGAGAGAUUAUCCAAACGACCAAAAGAAACCACUAGCUCAGAUGAAGAAGAUUCUAGACCACUAAAGCAAAAAAGGAUGGAUAAAGAUGAAGUAAUUAAUGAUGAUACUCAGGAUGUCGUGCUUGAAUUAUCACAUUGUGAAGAAAAUCAAACAUAUAACAGUACUAGACAAACAAGAACAUCUGUGAAGCGAAAACUAGAAACAAGUAGUGAAGAUAAUAAUGCAACUUUGACAGAAAAGCCAUCGUUUUAUUCCGAAGAGCCUGCUGCAAAAAAAGCAAACAAGUUCAAAUCACCACCUCAAAGAAAUGAAAAGUUCACCAACACAUUGAACAGAAUCUCAGAAAAAUCUACUCCUAAUGAAACUUCUCAACAACCUAAAGUUUCACCACGAGUUACAAGAUCUUCUGCAUCUUCUGCAUCCUCUACAUCAGCUGUAAAAGCAGCGGGUUCUACCAAGUUAAAAAAUCAUAAUGUUAUUAACGAAACAGUGGAAGCGGAUGAAACUAUGGUUUCAAUGUAUGAAGAUGCUGUUGCAAAACCACCCAUGAUGAAUUCUACUAUGAAUCCAAAUACUACUGUCACUCUUGAGAGAAUGAUGAAUGUAACUGUUUUACUUGACCCAAUACCAAACAAAGUAUGUGAUGAAACUGUUACAAUUCAUAAAGCCCCACCUAAGAAAAAAUUAUCCAGCUCUGAAAUCAAAGAAAUGGCACAAAGGAGAUCAUCGAAAGCAUCAAAACAAGUGGGCUCUGGUACAAAAACACAACAAACUUUGAGAUUAGAACAAUUUAAUGAAAUCAUGACUGAUGACGAAUCAUCACCUGAAAGAAAAGGAUAUAGAUUGAAGAAAAAUCAACAAGCUCCUCCACCUAAACGUCUAACAAGGUCAUCGCAAAUGUUUGAAUCAAGUGAUUCUGAAGUUGAAGUAAAGAAGACUCCACUCAAAAUAUUGCCCAGUAAAGAUUUCAAAACCACUUUAGCAGCAAAAACAGCAUUCAAACAAGCAGCUCUGUUUAGCCCAUACUCUAAAGAUUCUGUUAAAAAAAGAGUUGAAGCUUUUGAGCAAGUUGCUUCAAGUCCCAAGUUUGAUAAUGAAACUACAGGGAGAGUCACAAGAACUAAAACACGAGCACUCGCUGCUGCAAAUACUCAAGAAGAGCGUACUCCAAGCAGUGUUGCUCAAAAACUUGCCAGAAAGUCAUUGGCUAAAGCUAAAAAAAUUUCUUUAGCUAAACAAGCCAGGGAAUGUGAUGAAACCAAAGAGAAUGAAACUUCCAAUAUUCCUAAACCUAUCAAAUCGUCGAAAUAUUCCAUGGAAAGACCACAAAGAAAGCAAUCAAAAGCUCAUGAACAAAAACUGAAAACCACUCCUCUAGGUAAAAAUAGAAUGCUGCAGUUGCCAGGAUCUGCUGUUAAAAAUCAGUUUGCUACACCAUCUAAUCCACAGCCUCAUAAUGCGUAUACUAAACCCAUGACAUCUUCUCGAAAUAUUGUUACACAUGUGGAUUCAUUUAUUCAAUCAUCGACAAAGUCUGCUCAGAAGACUAUCGACAGGGUAGCUGAAGAAAAAAGAAGACGAGCUCAUGAAGAAGAUGCCCGGCGUAAGCGUGAUGAAUUACUGAAGGCUGCAGCAGAAGAAAAAAGACGAAAACGCGAGGAAAAAGAACUUAAAAACAAAUUAGCCAGGGAAGCAAAAGAAAAAUUGGAACAAGAAAAAAGAUUGAAGGCUGAAAAGGAACGCGAAGAAAAAGCAAAACUUGCUCAAUUGAUGCAAGAAAAACAACGCGAAGAAAUGGAGAAAAAGAAAUUAGCUCAGUUGCUGAGGGCUCAAGAAAAAGAAGAAAGACGAAGGCAAGAAGAACUAUUGCGCAAUCAACGUUUACAAGAGCAAGAUGAGCAAGAAAGGAUUCUAGCUGAACAAAAGCGACGAGAACAAGAAAUGGAAAAACGUAGACUUAUGCAAGAAAUGAAAAUGAAAAACCAAAUGGAAAAAGCUUUGAUGCAAGCAAAGGCCAAAGCGAUUGCUCAAAAGCACAUGCCAACAAAUUAUAAGAUGGAUAGUGAUCCUGACGAAGAGGAAUCAGAUGAUGAGAGCAAACCAAAACAUGAAAUUCCCCGCUGGGCUACAAAACAUGUACGGCAAGCUCAAUUGGCAAUGCAACAAUUUGUCCCAAUGAGAUCUGUUUUAAGAUAUUUUGACUCGAAAAAAUGUACGCCAGAUUUAAGAGAACUGUUCACAGGUAUCGAUCCUAAAAAACUUAAACGCUCAUCGAGUGCCAUUUGGAAAACACCUCCACGAUUUUCCAUGAUGAAUUGUUCUAUUAUCAAGGAUUAAUCACGUUAUUUUUAUACUAACCGUAGUUAUUAGCAAUAGAAUAAGAUGCUUUCUAAUUAAUUUCGUAAUCUUGUGCGAUUACUCUAAAAACAUAUUUACGCGUAAAUGAUGUAUACGUGCCUUAAAAUUACGAAAAAAAUCAACUAAUUUCUCACGAGUAGUAAUAAUUAUCUGUAACUUAUUCUUAUGAGUUUGUUUCAUUUAAUUCAACUUGUAUUUUGUUGAAGUUGUUGGUUAUGGAUUUUUUCAAAUAGCGGCUAAAUAAUGAAUGAACUUGUUCAUGCGCUCAGAUUUAGUGAUAGUAUGCUAGCUUUCGUGUUUAAACCGUACCGUGAACACAACCAUACAUGAAAAAAUACGUCAACGAGAGAGAAAUGUCAAGCCUCGACUUGUCCGGCUCGACAGAAAAGAGAAAUAAAGAGCGCGUAACAUGAAUAUGUACGCACCAUUAGGAGAGCAUAAUCAUAAUUUACAGUCUGGGAAAUUUUAUUUAUCUGUCCUUUUUUUAAAACGAAAUUUUAUUCAUUUUAUAUGACGCAUGUAAGGUCGGUGA